AAAAAGGAAACCGCGCAGCCACCUCUAUGCGCGCUUUCUUACAUUAGCUUCUUCUCUCUUUCACGAAAAAAGAAAGAAAAAAAUCCCUAAAAUUCGCAGACACAAAAGAUUUUUCCGAGAAUCUCUUUUCAUUUUCCUCUCAUCCAAACAAUAGUUUUUUUCCCUUCAAUCUUCUCUUUGAACCAGAUAAUUAAAAAGAAAAAAAAUUUAAACCAUGAAUGAUGAUUUGUUUGAUGAUGAUGUAAUAAAGUAUUUGGAUUUACCAUUGGAGGAUGUUGAAAGGAUUGAUGGUGGUGUUAGUGGUAAUGUUAUAAAAGAUUUUGGCUUUCCUUUGUAUGACAACAAUGGUGGCUAUGGUGGCGGCAGCUUUAGUGGUGGUGAAGAGUGCGAUUGUAACUUUCAGCAUUUAGCUGGCUUUUGUGGUGGAGAUUUUCUUGAUGAUAGUAUAGUUGAAAGCCUUACAUUUUCAUGUGAUGGAUAUUCUCAGCAGUCGAGCUCUACCAAGGCAUCCUACAGCGAGUCCAUGGAUGUCAAAGGUUCAUCUUGGUUCCAAACCUCCAGUCCAGUGUCUGUACUUGAUAGUCAUAUCUCUUCCUCGGGUGCAAACCGAAUACCUAUUAAUCCUAAUCUCAGUUUCCAGGGGAAGCGAUGUAGAACCAAUCGAAGACGAGCAUCGACCUUGAACUCACCAUUCACAUUGCCUUUUGUAUCCUCCACCUUUUCUACCUCCCAAAGAUUUUAUUUUCCAGUUGGUUCCAAAUCAGAAUCCGUAAGCCAUCUUUCUCAGAAACCUACCAAGAAGAGACUAAAGAAAAAGAACCUGAAAUUGCUUUCGGGGUUCAGUGAGAGCAACAACUCCUCCUCCCAACAGCUUGUUAUUAGGAAAUGUGGGCAUUGUGAAGUUACAGAAACACCGCAAUGGAGAAAAGGUCCAAUGGGUCCGAAGACCCUUUGUAAUGCAUGUGGGGUUCGCUACAGGUCUGGCCGCCUCUUUCCCGAGUACCGUCCUGCUGGAAGUCCUACAUUCAUUGCAUCAUUACACUCCAACUCUCAUAAGAAGGUGGUAGAGAUGAGAAGAAAAAGCCAAUUCACCGGCGACAGCAAUACCAUCCGUGUUGUCAAUCCGACAGAAACAUCGCUUAGGUACCAACUUUACUGAAAGCUUGAAGUCGGUAGCUUCCGUCCUUCGUCUUGUAGACCUGUCAAUUCAACGGCCCGAUUGGUUCAAGGUAAAUUGAACUGGAUCAAUUCAAGUUUUCAAAUUUCCAGCUAAUUUCAAGUUUGGAUUAAGUUCGGGUUCAAGUUUUUGGGGUCGAGUCAUUCAAGUUUGAAUCAUUUCAAAAUUACUUAUUUGAUCAUUUCGAGUUCAAGUCAUAUAGAUUUAAGUUGUUUGACUUAUUCAUGUUUUGUGUUUCAAAUUAGGUUUUAGUGAAAAGUUUAGUUACUUUUAACAUGCUUGAUAAGACCUAUUCAUAUUCUUCUUCAAUGCAAUUUUAUUUAGUGUCUUUUUUAAAA